AAGAUUUUAUAAUAUUAUAGAAUCAAGAAUCAAGAUACAGCACACUAUGAUCCAUGACUAAAUUACAAUUUCCAUGCCAGUACGGAUUGAAAAUUGAAGUUUAUUAAUCUGAAAUUAUUGUCAUCUUCUACUCAAUUAUUUUUUUUUUACGUAAUAAUUUAAGAUAUUAUAUUUUUUAAAUUUUCAUUAUAUGUAAUUAUUAAUACAAUAUUUCUCUACAAUUAUACUUUCAAAGAAUACAUUUAACUAUUCUAAUUAAUUUAAUUAUUACUAUGGCAAGUGCAUGCCGAAUAUUUUGUCGAAACAUAAAUAAUAUUCCAUUAUCAAAAAUAAUUUCAACAAAAUUAAGAGUAUCAUCAAAAGAAUUUUUAAUUCAACGUCAUAGUCAUAGUGAUCAAAAAGACAACACUGGAACUUAUAAGCAUAGUGCUUUUGCUGAGUUUUAUGAAAAAACCAAAGAAAACAAACAAGUUAUUGAAGAAGACCAAGACUUUGAAAUGUUGUUGAGAAAUUCAAAUUUUAUAAAUCUUGGUGAUCCUGAGGGUAAACAAGUGAUUGGAACUAUAUUUCAUAUUGUUGAUAAUGAUUUGUAUAUUGAUUUUGGAUGGAAAUUCCAUUGUGUUUGUACAAGACCAGUUAAAAAUGCAGAUUCUUUUGUACGAGGAUCACAAGUAAAAUUAAGAAUCAAAUCCUUAGAAUUAGCUACCAGGUUUUUGGGUUCUGAAAAAGAUUUAACUCUACUUGAAGCAGAUGCAGCUCUUUUGGGUCUUCACAAACCAAUAAAAUAUUAGAAAAACUGUAAACAUAUAUUGACUUAGCAAUUUUUUUUUGUAUGUUUAUUUUAAGACACUUGCAAAUUAUAAGUAUAAUAUGUGUAAAUUAAUUUUAUAAUUAUAUUAUUAACUAAUAUUAAGGUUUGGACUUUUUGAAGUUGUAACCUUUAUGAGUUAAAAUUGAUGAAAUAAUAAAUAUGCAUA